CAAAGUUUUCUUCGGAGUGUAUAAAAAAAUAAAGAAAAGCGGCAGCUCCAGCAGGCCGCCGAUGAAGGCUGUCCAGAUGACAGCGAUCAGGCAGCGAAUUUGACACGCAGCCCAACUUCAAACCGACACCGAAUCUUGAAAAGAUAAUCCCCCAUCACCCAAAGAUCGAGGCGAUACUUCCCCCGAUAAUCACCAGAACACCAGAACUCAAUGUGGAAAAUGCUGGAUACUAUGAUGGACCUCUCCGAUGCCGAGCUCUUCAUGUUCGACUGCGACGACUGCUCGGGCAUGCCUUUGGCCCCGCCACCCCAGUUCCUCAUCCCGCCACCGCCCCGACCGCCGGCCCUGGCCGAGUACACGGUGGUGCCGCAGGACUGCAACGAGGAGCAAAUGGCGCAGCAACAGUGGGACAGCGACGUCUGCCAGGCCAUGCCGAUCUUGGAUGCCAGCUUGUACAGCAGCCAGUCCCUGGCCACCUCAGCCAUGAUAGCCGUGUUCUCGCUGCUCUUGGUCUUGAUUGUUCUAUUCUCGUCGCUAUUCGUUUGGAAAAACAAACGGAAGGUGCAGAACCUCCUGCCCUGCAAGACACCCACUCGCGGCCCCCUUAACGGAGCCAUGCCCCUGGGCGGCGGCGGAACCCUGGGCUCGGCGCACCAUCAUCACCACCACCAUGGGAUGUACGAGGAUCCCGAUGCGCACUUGGGACACCACAGGCCGUUGGUGAUGCACCGACAUCAUCAGUUGCCCCACCACCAUCAUCAUCACUAUCAGCAGCAUCACUCCGAGCUGCUCCAGGGCAAGAGCAUCCACUACCCCAGCGGCUAUCCCAUGACGCGUUCGCCCCCGUUCUUGGUCAGCUCCUCGCCCGGACCCGAUCCCUAUCGGUCCAACGACAACGUCUACGAGGAACUGGGACCGGGACGCGUUGAUUCCGAUGGCGAGUCGGAGCCACCACUGCACUCCGACGAUGAUUUCGCCGAGGAUGAACUGUCAUUGCCAGGCGAGUGCAGUUUCCAGAAGGAGGCCACGAACAUACCAGCGGCGGCAGGUGCCACACCCUACCACGAGCGGGUGGCAGGUGCAAGUGGCAGCAGCAAUGCGGCGGCAGGAACCUCCAGUGGAGCAGGAGCCUCUGCCAGCCUGCAGCAGACUACCCAGGAGCGACACAGUGUCCUGAGCAGCGGUUCCUCGACGGGUCAGGAUGCCUCCACGGCCACAGCCUCGUCGGCUAGCAACAACAACCACGAACUGGCCUCGGGGUCGGUGAGCAACCGACGCACUUCCCGCACCCGGCAACCCAGGGUCGCCCAGGAUCCGGAUCUCAACAACAGCAGCUCCACCGCGGACAUCGCCGACCUGGCACCGCUCUACGACAACCGCAGCAAUCUCAUGUCCCUGGGCUACAUGGCUCGCUCCACGGCUCCCCAAUUCUACAACACCCUCGAGCACGAAGUGGAGCGAAGGAACCGGAUCAACGCCCAGCUGAGCAAGGCUCCGGCUCCGCCACUGUCCACCAUCUACAGGGAGAGGAUACGGUAUCCCGGCAGCUCGCAGCAGUAUCCUACGAGUGCGGCCAGCGGCCUGAUGGCGGCCACCAUGAGGGCGAGAACCCAGCCACGGAUGGUAGAUCGUCGAUUGGCGCCGCAUCAGCACCAGCACCACCGCAUCCAUGCCGCUCCCCUGCCCCAGGAACCAUCCUACGGCUACGCGGAACCCAUGAUGUAUAAUGCCAACUACUACUACGAAAGUGCCGGAGCUGCCCGCCCCUAUGCCUCGACCGUACUGCCCACUGGCGGAGAGUACCGACACCCCUAUGGUGACUCGAGCUUCGGCUCCGAUUCGGGCUACAGCCACCACACGCCGGCCAGCUCCAUUGGGCGACAGGACUACGAUCUCGCCGAGCCCCAAAUGCCACUCCAGACACAGCCCAAGGCCAGCAAGCUGAGUGCGGCCCUGAACUUUAGCUGGAACCGCGGCACCAGGGGCUCCAAGGGCACUCCUACCGGCGCCAGUGGUGCGGUGGCCAAGAACUCCACCCACAGCAGUGCCGGGGCCACCAGUCCCAACAACAACAGCCCCGCCUGCUCCACCGUCGCAUCUCAGUUGGAAAACAACAAUGCAUCCGCCAACCUCUCACCGGCGUAGAUACAUCCUAUAUAUCGAAAUUAAAUCUAAAGUAAUAUCCUUAGAGACUCCGUGUAAAUAGGACCGUGUACAGUUAGUCAUAUCUAAGUGAACUAAAUAUCAAAAAAAUAUCCUGCGUGUACAUCGUCAAAGCAAUAGAUAUUUAACUACUCGAUCCAAACUCGAUCUAAACUCGAUCCAGAGAGAGCCCAAAGUAUCUUGAUCUUGGAUAUAUAGACUUAUCAAAGAGGGUUGCCAUACCAACAAGUUUUCGCUCUGUUUCAAAAGCAAAACUUGCCGCAAAGCAAAGAACUUAUAGAUCCUAAGUGUUUUUCCAAUGUGAUUGCCAAAUUCUACAAUAUAAAGCUAAACUAAACUUAAAACUAGGUUCUCGAACUAAUUUAAAGUGUAUUAUAGAGCGUAUGUCUAUAAUUAAGGUUAAGUUAAAUAUUUUAAUUCUGUUUGUUAUUUUAGUUUUUAAGCAAAGAUUAAAA